AAAUUGUUAAAAUAAUUGUUUGACAAAUUUGUAUCUUAAAAUGACCGCUAGAAAUAAAAAUUUUUAAAAACUGACCGUUGCGCUAUCUAUAUAAAAACGGCGGAAACUACUCAACAACUUAUCGAUUAAGUUUGUCGCUCUAUGGAGGCAAGAGCUCUUCUUUAUCGGCACCGACGACAGCCGCCAUAUGUUCCAGAAAAUCAGUCGGUAAGUUGUUGAGUAGUUUGAACCACUUUUGUGUAGAUGGUACAACCAUCGAAAAAGAUGUAGAGUGAUGGUAAUGCAGGUUUGGUGGAAGGUACGAAUCCCACUGAAUAUACACGGAUUCCCGCCUUCGGUAAAGGCGUACUCCUUUUACCUUCACCACACUACUAUUUUAAUCUUUUUUUUAUCUUGUACUGAUUUUGACUAAGAGAAGAGCGUUUCGUCUUAGAAUCCUUCCUUUUAAUAACGCAGAAACAUGUCUGUGAGUGACGCUGAGACGUUGUACAUGACGUUGUAUAUGAAAUGUUCUCUUUUCAAAAAGACAAUGAAAAUUCUAGCGCUCGUUUCGACCAGGAUUGCAUAAUUCAUGUGCAACAGGAAAGAUGGAAUGAUACGCAAUUAAUGUCAUCAUCUUUUUGUGUUAAUUUCCUUUAUAUAUUCGAGCAAAAAGGAGCACACGUUCAUUAAUCGUAAGUUAACUCUACAAAACGUUAGCAGCAUGAAACUUUUCGGACCGCUAAUUUUAACAUACAUUGUUCUACUUUUCUUUGACGAAGGAACAUCUUUGAAAUGUCGUUCUGGGAAUCAACAAGUGGACGCACGAUUUCAAAAGGUGUUGAUGAUCUGUAAAAAGAGAUACACUGAUUCGAAUACAGACAAUUCGGAAGAUUCUGUUUCGGAGAAUAACAGUUCAGAAAGCGACUCAAAUUCUAACGAGAAUGUUUAUGAUAAAAAUUAUUUUGAUACAAAGGACGGCAGAUCUUACAAUCAGUCCACAAAUACUCAAAGAUAUAGAAAUUCUAAUAGAAACAGCGAUAUGAAUACUUCUGGUCGUUCAGUAAAUGGAAAUAUCAGACAUUUCCAAAACAUGAAAAACAUUCGUAAAUCAAAUAAUCAAAAUUCAUGGAAUUCCAGAGAUUCACAAAAUAAAAAUAACUAUCGUAAUGGAGAAAUGAAUAACGGAGACAUGAAGUUUGAUAAUAAUACCGGUCAAGAACAAGCUUGUAUCGUGCAGUGCUUCUUCAAUGAAUUGAAUGUUGUGGAUCAGAAAGGAUUUCCAGAAAGGGAUAUGGUAAUUCCAUUAAUGAGCCAGAAUAUUCAAGAUCCAGAAUUGAAAGACUUUGUUGAAGAAUCAAUCACAGAAUGCUUUCAUUACCUACAAUCAAACAAGAGAGAGAAGUGUGAAUUUUCGCAGAACCUUUUAACAUGUUUGGCUGAAAAAGGGCAACAAAAAUGUGAAGAUUGGGAAAAUUAAAAGAAUGUCUUCAUAUGAUUUUUUCAACCACAUAAGAAGAUAAAAGAUUAUAUAGAAGACAUAUGUAAUAAAAAAAAGUUAUAAACAGCCAUUCGAGUAAAUUUAAGUGAGCAUAUAAUAGCUUUAGUAAAAUUGCAAAUACUAUAUAGCAUAAUGUUUUGUUAACACUUUUUCGCUUAAACUGUUUAUACAGCAUUAUUAAAAAAAAUUGCCAAUAUCACAAUA